CCCCAGGACCCCCACUGCGCCCCUCGGCACCCCAGCCAGCCCUGACUCUCUCCCCAGCUCCCUGCGGCGCUGAGCGCGGAGUCCCCAUGGCCUCGCUGAGCAGAGCCCUGCGUGUGGCCGCCACCUGCCCUCGCCGGGACCUGGGGCUGCGUGAGCUGACCAGCCGAGCCGGCCCCACCACCGAGAAGAGGGUGCCAUACCAGCGGACCCUGAAAGAGGCCCAGGGCCCCUCGGCGGUGGCCCCGGGCCCAAGCCGGCCCCUGCCCAGCACAGCCAACGUGGUGGUCAUCGGCGGGGGCAGCUUGGGCUGCCAGACCCUGUACCACCUGGCCAAGCUGGGCGUGAGCGGGGCGGUGCUGCUGGAGCGGGAGCGGCUGACCUCCGGGACCACCUGGCACACGGCGGGCCUGCUGUGGCAGCUGCGGCCCAGCGAUGUGGAGGUAGAGCUUCUGGCCCACACGAGGCGCGUGGUGAGCCGUGACCUGGAGGAGGAGACGGGGCUGCACACAGGCUGGAUCCAGAAUGGGGGCCUGUUCAUAGCAUCCAACCGGCAGCGUCUGGACGAAUACAAGAGGCUCAUGUCGCUGGGCAAGGCAUAUGGCGUGGAGUCGCACGUGCUGAGCCCGGCAGAGACCAAGGCGCUGUAUCCGCUGAUGAACGUGGACGACCUGUACGGGACCCUAUAUGUGCCGCAGGACGGUACCAUGGACCCCGCCGGCACCUGCACCGCCCUCAGCAGGGCCGCUGCUGCGCGGGGAGCACAGGUCAUCGAGAACUGCCCAGUGAGUGGCAUCCGCGUGCGGACCGAUGACUUUGGGGUGCGGCGGGUUGCCGCUGUGGAGACAGAGCACGGCGCCAUCCAGACGCCCUGUGUGGUCAACUGUGCAGGCGUGUGGGCCAGCGCUGUGGGUCGGAUGGCUGGAGUCAAGGUCCCGCUGGUGGCCAUGCACCACGCCUACGUUGUCACUGAACGCAUUGAGGGCAUCCAGAACAUGCCCAAUGUCCGUGACCAUGAUGCCUCGGUCUACCUCCGCCUCCAAGGGGAUGCCUUGUCUGUGGGCGGCUAUGAGACCAACCCCAUCUUCUGGGAGGAGGUGUCAGACAAGUUUGCCUUUGGCCUCUUCGACCUGGACUGGGAUGUGUUCAGCCCGCACAUCGAAGGUGCCAUCAACCGCGUUCCUGUGCUGGAGAAGACAGGGGUCAAGUCCACGGUCUGCGGCCCUGAGUCCUUCACGCCUGACCACAAGCCCCUGAUGGGGGAGGCGCCUGAACUCCGAGGAUUCUACCUGGGCUGUGGUUUCAACAGUGCAGGGAUGAUGCUGGGUGGCGGCUGUGGGCAGGAGCUGGCCCACUGGAUUGUGCAAGGGCGCCCGGAGAAGGACAUGUACAGCUAUGACAUCAGGCGCUUCCAUCCCUUGCUCACGGACCACCGCCACUGGAUUCGUGAGCGCAGCCACGAGUCCUAUGCCAAGAACUACUCGGUUGUCUUCCCCCACGACGAGCCCCUGGCAGGGCGCAACAUGAGGACCGACCCCCUGCAUGAGGAGCUACUUGCACAAGGCUGUGUGUUCCAGGAGCGACAGGGCUGGGAGCGGCCCGGAUGGUUUACUCCCCAAGGCACAGCUCCGGUUCUGCAGUACGACUACUACGGGGCCUAUGGAAACCAGGCACACGGAGACCAUGCCUAUGGCCGCCUGCUUGCGGACGAGUACACGUUCGACUUCCCACCGCACCAUGACGUGAUCAAGAAGGAGUGUCUGGCCUGCAGAGGGGCCGCUGCUGUGUUCAACAUGUCCUACUUCGGGAAGUUCUACCUGGUGGGCUUGGAUGCGAGGAAGGCUGCCGACUGGCUCUUCUCUGCUGAUGUCAGCCGACCCCCUGGCUCGACGGUGUACACCUGCAUGCUGAACCACAGGGGUGGCACCGAAAGUGACCUGACUGUCAGCCGCCUGGCCCCCAGCCCCCAGGCCUCUGCCCUGGCCCCCGCCUUCGAAGGGGAGGGCUACUACCUGGCCGUGGGCGGGGCCGUGGCCCAGCACAACUGGGCUCACAUCAGCACGGUGCUGCAGGAUCAGAAAUUCCGGUGCCAGCUCAUCGAUGGCUCUGAGGACCUGGGCAUGAUCAGCAUCCAGGGCCCAGCCAGUCGGGCCAUUCUCCAGGAGGUGCUUGAUGCAGACCUGAGCAAUGAGGCUUUCCCAUUUUCCACCCACAAGCUGGUGAGAGCCGCCGGGCACCUGGUGCGGGCCGUGAGGCUGUCCUUCGUCGGGGAGCUGGGCUGGGAGCUGCAUGUGCCCAGGCCAGCCUGUGUACCCGUUUACCAGGCUGUGAUGACUGCAGGCGCCAAGCACGGCCUCGUCAACGCUGGGUACCGGGCCAUCGACUCCCUGAGCAUCGAGAAAGGCUACCGGCACUGGCAUGCCGACCUGCGCCCUGAUGACAGUCCCCUGGAGGCAGGCUUGGCCUUCACCUGCAAGCUUAAGUCGGCCAUCCCCUUUCUGGGACGGGAGGCCCUGGAGAAGCAGCGGGCCGAGGGCCUCCGCCGGCGCCUGCUGUGCUUCACGGUGGAUGAAAGAGUGCCCAUGUUCGGCCUGGAGGCCAUCUGGAGAAACGGCCAAGUGGUGGGCCACAUCCGGAGGGCUGACUUUGGGUUCGCCAUCGACAAGACCCUGGCCUACGGCUACAUCCGGGACCCCAGCGGCGGGCCGGUCUCGCUGGACUUUGUGAAGAGUGGGGACUACACUCUGGAGCGGAUGGGGGUGACAUACCCUGCCCGGGCUCACCUGAAGUCCCCCUUCGACCCUGACAACAAGAGGGUGAAGGGGUUCUACUGAUGUGCCCACGGGGCGGAGCUUCCACGGAUCAGGAGGCCGAGACCUGCUCCAUCCCUCGCUGACCAUCCAUACCGGGCCUGCCACCCUGGCCCAGGACCUGGACCCUGACCAGAACGUGGGUCUUCCCUGCUCUUACUCCAGGCCUGCUAACCCCCCAAACAGAUACCAGCUGAGUAGACAGAAGACUCAGAGGGUCCAUCCUGUGGUCACUGACCAAAGGAUGGUCGCUAGCCAACACCUAC